AUGGAUAACAGAUCCACCAGGUAUCGCUCACCAGAGGCAAAAUCAGCGGUACCUCCCACAAGGAACCGCGACCGCCACAACUCUGCUCCUACUUCUGAUCGACGCAAAGAUCAGCACUCCCGUCAUGUUCCUUCAGCAAAGUCUAUUUCAGAUGGCACCCAACGGACUCACAAACCAUCUCCUCGCCAGGAUUCUUUGAUGUCUCCCGACAAAAGAGCUACCGCGCGACACGCAGAUCAGCGGCCAGCUAACGAUCAUUCCUCACAAUCUAAUCUUGCUUCCCAGUUGGGUCACUCGUCAACCUUGUCAUUCAACUUUCUGGUCCUAGGUGCUGAAAAGUGCGGUAAAAGCGCCUUCAUCAAGACCGCUAUUGACCAAGAAGGCUCCCGGACUUCAACUCAAGUGACCAUUAAGGACCAGUCAUACCAUAUUCGGUUCAUCGAGCUCUCUCUUGACGAUGUCGACUUCAGUAGUGAGAGGAGAAUCGAAUGGCCCACCUCCGUGAAUGGUGCUCCUUUUCCAGAAGUCCACGGCGUCUUCUGUCUCUACAGUGUGUCCGACAAGGAGAGCGUUGCCGAUGUGCCUACAGCUCUGACUUCCAUGACAAAGACAGGUCUGCCAUGUAUGCUGGUGGCUUCUAAAAGUGAUACAAAGCAGGAAUCGCGCCAGAUCAACCCUCUUUUCCUUGAGCAAGUUAAGCGCAAUCUCGCCAGCGUUGCUAUUGCCGAAGUGUCUCUAAAGACACCCCAAAGCAUCAAACUCUGUUUUCUGAACAUGCUGAACCGGGUCAUUGGUUCUCCCCGUGCCCCUGCACGGACAAGCAAGCCACAAACUGUUUCGAGCCAGUCUACCACUCAACGUACCGGAUUAAGAGAUUCUUCCCCCAAGAAGCCUCGUAGCCGAAGUCGUUCCAAAACUCGAUUGCAAACCUCCAAGUCGAAGGAGUUCCUUUUAAAUAUGUCUGUCCGAGCAGCUGUGAUCGAAUCAGCCAAUGAAGAUAUUGAAUCGUCAUCGGCAGAAGAAGUGACGUCUCCCACCCGCAAGACCAAACUCCAACUCGAUACUGCAGCAGCAUCCAAGCCUCAACGUCGGCGCCAAGAACCUCACACACCAGUGUCUUCUGGAGAGUGGACGAACAAACUCAUGUCCCCAGAGCAAACAACCACAGCCACCGUUCCUGAAACUCCAGAAUCAUACUAUGUCAAGUCGAUGCUGCGUCCUGCCUCUCCAGAUCAUGUCGAGAGCAAAGCUUACCGAACCUUCCUAAAUAUGGAUGAAGAGUCCAACGAGAUGCCAUCGCGGGGCGAUGUUGACCAGUUGGGCCCUCCGUUGAACGCCAACAAACCUGACGACAGCAGCAAACAGGAGCUUGGGGUCCCUUUCAAGGAGCUGGUGGAAAAGCUACUAAUCUUGCCCGCCAACAAGACUGAUUCGAAGUUUGUUCCCUCUUUCCUAUGUCUAUACCGUGCAUUUGCAACGCCAAAGCAGCUCCUCGUCGCUAUUAUCGACCAAUUCGUGGCCAUUGAGAAAAGCAACAUGGUUCACUUUUCGAAGGUCGCCGAGAUGCUCCGGUAUUUGCAGGUACUCGCUCAAUGGACUGCCACGUAUCCCGGCGAUUUUGCACAAGGUCCUGCUCGCGACAAGGCUAUUCCUUUUGUGCAGACCAUUGAGAAAAGUAAAGUGUUUGCACCUGCCGCCAGAGAAAUCAGCAAUAAUCUGGACACUCUGGUUCCUGACGAUGAUGCCGAUUGGGCAUACACCGAUCCGCCAAAGAAGACUCCCUCCUCAUCAGCAACCUCCUUGCCGUUACUUAACGUAGAUGGAACCAAAGCAGACCGAAAGUCCCCGCACGAUUCCGAUAGCGACGAUGAUAACAAUGAUUCCCCUGCCCCUUCAAACACUCCAUCAACAUCAUCCAGUAUGACUAGACCAUACAAUACUUCCAGUCAAUCAGCAUCCAACGUGGUCCAAUUGGAAAAUGCCAAGUUGCAGGCUGAUCAUCUCAAGAAGUCUAUCCCGCAUAUCCGCCUGGGCAAGCUCCAAUGGCAUCAAUUUAUGGAGAUACCGGUCGAGGAACUGGCUAGGGAGAUUACUCGAAUCGACUGGACCAUGUACUCCGCAAUCAGACCUCGCGACUUUGUGCGACAUGUUUCACUUUCAGCGGAGCAAAAGAGACGGUAUCGAGGGACCGACAACAUUAGCGCCAUGGUGAAGCACUUUAAUCAUCUGGCGUUGUUUGUCUCCGGCAUGAUAUUGCUUCGAGACAAACCCAAACACCGAGCAAAGGCACUUGAAAAAUUCAUGGAGCUAGCCUGGAAAGUUAGACAACUGAACAAUUACAAUUCACUGGGUGCGAUUGUCGCAGGUAUCACUGGUCACGAAAUUGCCCGAUUGAAUUCGACUCGGGAAUUGGUAUCUCCCGAAAGUCUGAAAUCAUUCAUGAGGUUGACUAUUCUUAUGGGCUUAUCACGCUCUCACGCUGCAUACCGAAUGGCUUGGGAAAAUUCCUUUGCGGAGCGCAUUCCAUUUUUGCCUCUUAUACGACAAGACCUUACCAUGGCUGCCUCGGCCAAUCCGACAUUCAUUGGUGACAACGUAAACUGGAAAAAAUUUGAGAUCAUGGGAGAGGUCAUUGUUGGCAUCCAAAAAAGUCUCGAGACCCCGUAUUCUUUCCCGCCUAAAACUGUUAGAACAGAAGAGACGGUCAAGCUACUUUUGGAAACCAGGAUAGUAGAUGAACCAGAGGAUUCAGCAGACCCACGAAGCGAACUAUAUGAUCGAAGUAUACAAGUUGAACCUCAACACACUGGAGCGGAUCCUAGAAAAAAGUUUGACUGGUUACGGCGUUGA